AUGGAUUCUGAUUGGCUGCCAAUGUUUUUUAUCGUUCAUUACCUCGUUUUGAAAGUGAUUCCAAAUUGCUUCUCUGUUAUCAUUAUAGCUAUGCUGUGACGUUGAACUCUGAGUCUGCUUCCUUGGUGUGAACGGGCCUAAAGUGUGCCCGUGUUUUCUUUAUAUUUGCAUGCAGUUAAGUUGGUUUAAUAUUUUGUUAUCUUUUGUAAUGGAAUUCACACGCAUUUUAACUGUGGCUUAAGUGUAAUGAUAACUGCAGGCAAACGUUUUGGUUGUAACUUUGACAUUGAUGUGUUUUAUAAAUGUUGUAUAGCCAAGUAGUCUGUAAUAUAGACAAGACAGUAGCUACCGUGUAUUAAACUUUGAAAUAUCUCUAAGGAGAGCAUUUGUUGAAUUAAGUUUGUUUAAUAAUUAAUUAUAGGUCUACUGCACGGGUUACAGUGGAUUGGCAUGUAGAGCAGCUACUCGUGAACUUCUCGCCAUUGGAAUGUCACUCAAACUGACAUCAAAUAAUCACCAAGGCGAUGGCGUCUUAGAGAUGCAAAAGUAAACAACUAAAGUAUCUAAAACAGUCGCAGACGUUGCAAGUUUGAUCAGAGCUUUUCGGCGCCUUUAUUUAUCGUUCAUAUAUUGUAAUAUCGAUCGUUCAAGUGGAACUUUGUUGGAAUGUGGUUUUAAACGAAUAUUUAUUUACAAAUUCACGAGAUCAAAAAGUAUUAAACUCACUCACUUUUGAAUAUCUUGCACUUAAGACAUUAUGUCACCUGUGGAUGUAUGGACGGGUUCUUGGAGACCCCACCGGCCAAGGGGCCCCAUCGCUGCAAUGUAUAACAGUCCAGGGCCAGCAUAUUCUCUCCCAGGGGCAACUGGAAUGAACAACCAUGACCCGCGGAUGCAGAAAGGCCCAGCGUUUAGCUUUGGCACGCGCCAUCGUGACUUACAGGCCAACUUCUCCCCAGGGCCCGGAUACCUCAUUCCCUCCAACAUCACCAGGGUGGGUCGGGACGGAACCCCUGCAUACUCUGUCUACGGCCGGCGAAAGGAUAUUCAGCCCUUCCAGACCCCUGGCCCAGGCAGUUACUCACCUGAAAAGGCAAUAAAGACCACCUAUUACUUGGCCCCUGCAUUCUCCCUCUCUGCGAGAACUAAAUUAUUCCGCAAUGACCAAACACCAGGUCCAGCUGCGUAUAUGCUCCCCCCAGUAUUAGGGCCAAGAGUCGUGAAUAAAACAGCCGCUCCAAAUGUCUCCUUCAGCGGUCGUAGUCUUAUUGGCAGCUUCCAUGAAGAUUUACGGAAGACUCCAGGCCCAGGGACCUACCAAGUAGUAGAUUCAUGUGUGUAUAGACACAAGGCCCCUCAAUACAGCAUGACUGGUCGCAAUCUCAUGCCUGGGGACACUACCAAGAAACCAGGACCUGGAGCCCACCAUCCAGAAAGGCAGGUUACUUUCACAGGAACAAAAGCUCCCAGCUUCUCCUUUGGAAUUCGUCAUUCUGAGUACAUCGCUCCCAUAAUUGUGGAUGGUGCUGAUUAAACAGAUUCUUUCUGUCAUAAUAAAUUCAGUCCAACAAGCUACAGUCUGUCAUAGCAGGUCUUAACAUCACUAAUAUACAACUUGAAAUGUUUCAGAAAAAAAAGUGAACUAAGUCUACCCAGACUAGAAUAUUAACACCAUACAAUACUGUAUGCAGACACUACUGUUCAAAAGUUUGGGUUGGUGAUAUUUUUUAAGGUUUCUUAUACUCACCAAGGAUGAAU